GGGGUCAGAGAAUAAUCAGGCCAGCGAGACAAAACCCCAAGAGAUUAGAUGAGAUAGCGAUCCUCGGCACUGCGAUUAGAAACCGAUAGAUUGAUAGCCUCGUCGAUCUCUGUCCCCUUCGUAGAUCGAUAACCUCCCCGUCAUCCCUUUUGCCUUUUUGUCUACUUUGACGUGCUCGAUAAGCGAAUGUCCUCAUUAUUGGGUUCUUUUUCUAGUCUUUGACCUCCUCUUUCCUUACGAUCUUGGCUAAGCAGAUCACCUCAGACCACGCCAUCUGCCCACCUCGGUUCCUUAUCUGCCUCCCUCCUCUCUUCCUCUCUCUCCUCCACCCUCCGCUCCCCAUUCUCCUCUCCUGAUUCCCCUCCUCCACUAGGAUCAUCCUCCUGCAGGCCCCUAGUGAACUUGGCUCCAGUCCUAGUCCCAUUUAGCUUUGCCAACCAGCGCAACCAUCCAAAAAAGCGACUUCUACUCCGAGAAUCGAACGGGGCGUUCCUGUUGAGCUGUCUGCUGUCGCGUCCAUCACCUGACCGUGCCAGGCCACUCGCCACACUCUUUUUGAUAUCUUCCUGUGUGGCGGUCUCUUUGUGGAUUUCCAGACGUCCCCUCCGAUCGCGGUGAUUAUCUGCUUGUCACCACGUCGCUGAUUCUUGCGCUUUUUGCUGCUGCCAUCCCCAUCGUCCUCCUCCCACCGGACCCCGUUUCGUCUUUCGUUCCCCCCUUCGAUAAUCUUCGAGCUGCUCGUCUGGCCCUGCAGUGAUCUCUGCCUGGUCUGCCGCUUUAGCACAGGGCCCUGACCGACAUUUGGAUAUCUGACCAUUUUGUGGCGUGGGUGAUACGGUGAAUUCAGCUUUCGACCGUGGUGCGACAUCGCCCUCACAUCUCACCAAGCAUUCUCCCCUCUCUCCUCGCUUCCGCGGUUUCGUUCCUGGAUAUUUUUUGGGCGGGCGAUUCUCCUCUCUGCCAUCGGGCUAUAUCUCUCAACCUCUCCACACCUUCUUCUCCUCCUCUCUUCCUCUUCUCCCUCUCUACAUCGCCUCUCCAGGUCUCUCCCCGUCCGAGACGCGGCUGAUCAACAGUCCCCGGCCUGACGACGAGUUGGUUAUGUUAGCAUCCAUUCCAUCCAUGGAAACAGUACGCUCUUUUCCCCGGGACCCCAGUGCGCCCUCUAGACAUCCGUCGGCGGAGGAUUUGGACGCUGCGCAGCAGCUUAUUUCGUCUGCGCAGGCGGGUCGCGAACGUCUGACACAAUAUGGAAAUGGCACUGGGAUCAAAGUCUCGGGAAGUCCGCCUCCGAGUAAUUAUGGACCGUCCCCUACACCAAGCCAAUUCACGGAUACUCGUUCCAAUGGGCAGCCGGAUGAAUCUUCUCCCAAGGCUCAGAAGGAUACCUCGUUUCUAGGACACUCCUGCAGCAACUGCGGAACACAACACACUCCACUUUGGCGUCGCUCACCAACGGGUGCUAUGAUUUGCAACGCCUGUGGCCUCUACUUGAAAGCUCGCAAUGUCGCUCGCCCCACGAAACGGAAUCGAACGCAACAUAGUGCAGAUGGUGCCGACAAACCUAACAAUCCGGUUGCUUCUCGUACCGAAGCCACGAGUAGCUCCGGAGGAGGCUGCAAGGGUUCUUGCCCAGGAGGUGGAAGCUGUAAUGGUACCGGCGGUGCAGAGGGAUGCGAUGGCUGCCCGGCUUACAACAACCGUAUCUACAAGGCUGCAAACCGUGGUCCGGGCGCCGUCGUGCAGGGCUCCUGGGGUCGGACGUCUGCUCCUGAUACCGCAUCUCCAUCCGCACCUCAAGAAGCCGAGGCACCGGCUAAAACCACGCCUUCUGAUGGGGCGUCCUCAACCCUCGUUGCUUGUCAAAAUUGCGGUACAACGGUCACUCCGCUCUGGCGACGGGAUGAGCAUGGGCACCCCAUCUGCAAUGCCUGUGGUCUGUAUUACAAGCUUCACGGUUGCUAUCGUCCUACCACCAUGAAAAAGUCCAUCAUUAAGCGCCGCAAACGAGUUGUGCCGGCUCUGCGCGACCAAUCUCCCACGGCAGCCACUCAUUCAUCUAAUGGCUCCUCUGCCUCUCCCGAAGCAUCCCCUGCUGCCUUGGCACACGAUCACCAUCGAUACAUGAGCAACGAACCUAUGGAUGGCCCUCGGCAGUUGCCAUUUGCACCGCCUCCUGUGGAUUUUACCGGCUUCCACAUCAGUGCCGCCCCCUUGCAGCUUCAUGGACUGCCCAAGCUUCUCAAUCCCGAUCGUUUGGGUCAUUCACCGGUAUCUCAAUACGGCCGCCGAUCUGUUUCUCCCAAUACCCUACCGAAGAAACGCACACUGGCCGAGACUGCCGCAGAAGCCCUUCCUAUUCCCACAAUCCUGGAAUCGGGAUCCAAUCAGUUGCCGCCUAUUAUGACCUCCGCCAACCCCUCACCUCCUGGCCGUCUCAGCUCAAUAUCUUCUAUUCUCAACCAAGCGGACCCUCGUAAGGAUUCCUCUCUGAGCCGAUCGCAAUCGUUCCAACCUCCCAUGCAGCCUGCACCACACCAAUCGCAGCAACUCCCCAGCAUCUCCUCCUUCUCAGAUCCUGCAACCGAGCGGCGUGCCCAACUGGAACGUGAAGCCGAGCAGAUGCGUGAGGCGCUGCGAGCCAAAGAACGGGAACUUGCUGCAAUGGGCCGUUGAUUUUCUCCCUCACUUUCUCAUUCUUGAUCCUUUCUCAACCUUUUCCCCCCCAAAAAACAUGUCCAAGUUGUGACGACUAUAAUGAGCAUCAAACUAUAAAGAUUUCCCACCUUUUUGUCUUUUUCUAUUUUGCGCGGUGGAGAGGUUCUCCAUAUUGAUACAAGGCGCAAAUACUCGGAGAUUUGCGCAUGAUACCACUGACUGUUUUGCUCGGGAUUUCUCAUAUCCCUGACUGUGCUACUAUUUUCUUUACAUACAGAGUUACAAAAAGUUCGCGAAGAUGAACUAUAUUCUACAAUAAUGGAAUUGCUUAUCUUGAAUUAAAUUAUCUUAUCUCCUCG